UUUUCUAAUAUAAUUAUUUGGAAAACUUUUUAAAACUAGGCACUCCUUUUGAAAGCUUCUCAGUGACAAUUCAAACGUUAGAGCGUCGAAAAUGGUUCCAAUAACUUGCGUCUUUCGAAUAUUCUUAAUGGCAGGUUUAUGUAGUGUAUGCAAAGGUGGCAUUGACGUGACAACUUAUAAUAAAAUGCCACCUUUAUAUGAAACAGACGAUUAUGAUCAAUGUCUACUGCAGACAAAUGCCUCCUUUUGUGUGGCCUACGUCGAAAUAGAAGCGAAUUAUAAUUCAAAACUAUGGCAACAGAUUUGGCAGUUUCAAAAUUCCUAUCAAUUUCGCUAUCGCCAUGAUCAGCUGUAUCGUGGUGUAUGUACAGCCAAAUGUGAAACGACUUCUUCAAAUUCUUACAAUAUAUCAAUAAAAUCAAAAGAAGCAUUGCGUUAUAGAAGUACAAACAUGCGAAUGGCUUCGAAGCUCCAUAAAAUAUCUCAAAGUCAGAAUGCAAUCGUUGCUUAUGAAAGCCAAAUACAUGAUUGUGUUCAUCGGGAAUUUUUACAAGGAUAUAAUUUGAGUGUGAGGACCUUUGUGACAUAUUGUGUUAAUUUGCAAGAACCUCUUGAAAAAGGACCAUGGUACAAAAUUGCAUGUCUAAUAUUUAUAGUCAUUGGAGCUCUUAAUGUGAUAUCAACGUCCUAUGAUUUAAUCCAUAGAUCAAAACAAAAAAACAAAGAAAGUAAUAGCAGCUAUGAUGAUGGUCAUAAGCAUUUUGUUGAGAAAUACUUUUGCAGCUUCUCAAUGUAUCGCAAUUAUUGCCGUUUGAUCAUAUCCAAUAGCAAUGAUGCCAUUGGUAAGGAUCUUCAAUUUUUAGAUGGUGUUCGAGCAAUUCUCUCUAUAACUGUGGUAGUCGAACACAUUGCCUACGCUCAAUAUAUGCCAAUAAAGAAUCCUGAAUUCGUUGAAAAUCUCUAUAUGUCUGCGUUCUUUUUGUCUCUCAUGCAUGUGGUGGUAUGCAUUGAAGUAUUCUUCAUGUUGAGUGGUUUAAUGUUGUAUCUUAAAUUCAAUAAAGGCGAAUAUGUUGCAGCAACAUCAAGUCUCAAAGAGUGUGCAGUUGUUUAUAUACGCUUGCUUAUAUCCCGAUACCUAAGAUAUUUGCCUUCGUUACUGCUGCUCUUGUUGUUCACAUCCCACAUGUUGUUAAAUCUUCAGAAUGCACCAUUUUGGCGACAUGUUAUGGAACCAAAUGUUAUACUUUGUCGCAGCGAGUGGUGGGCGAAUGUCUUGAUGACCUCCAAUUUGGGACUUAAUAAUUGUUGUUGGGUGCAUACCUGGUAUAUUGCAGCAGAUUUUCAGUUAUACGCAAUUUUUUUGACAGUCCUUAUCAUUGUAUCCAAAUAUCCUCAUCUUAAAAUGCGUCUUUAUAUAGGCAUAGGAACAUUGGGCUGGGCCCUACCCAGUGCGGUUAGUUAUUUUAAGGAGUUGCAAUCGGUCAGUACCAUGAACCUUGAAAACUAUCGUCACAUGUACCUUAAAAACGUUGAGACCGGAAAACAUUUGUAUCUGAGUCCAUAUGCCAAUCUGAAUGGAUUUUUGCUUGGCAUCGUUUGUGGUGAAUUGUAUAUGAAAUAUUUGCGCCAGCAACGAUACAAGAGAAUAGUAGCAGCGUAUUUAAGAUAUUCGCCUUUGUACGGUUGGCUGUUGAUAUUUCUCAUCUGGUAUUUAGGAUCAGUGUUGUUUUUUAAGGAUCGCACAAUUUGGACAGCAUUGUUUCCAAUUCUACACAAACAUCUAUCGGUGACAAUUGUGGCCAUUAUUGUUGUAAUAUACAAUAUGUGUCACGGUGGCGCAUUUUUAAAUUGGCCUAUAUUUCGCUUCCUGGCAAGGAUAUCGUAUCAAGUGUAUCUUUGGCAUUUUCCAGUUCUUUUUUCAAUUUUUGCCAAUUUUCAUCAGCCACUUGAAGUCACCCAUCUUUUUAUGGUUAUUCUGUUUGUCUCCACAUACCUCUCGGCAGCAGUAAUCGCCAUUCUUAUGACUAUAAUGGUGGAGUACCCCAUUGCAAAUUUGCUAAGUGCAUUUGAGUUGAAAGUGACCAAAUACCGCCAAAUGCCUUCACUUUAUGAAUUGGACGAUUAUGAUGAAUGUCUUCAGCAACAAAAUGCUUCAUAUUGCAUGGUCUAUAUCGAAAUACAACCGAACAAUAAAUCAACGUUGUGGCAGCAUAUUUGGAACUUUCAAACGUCAUAUAAAUUCCGCUACCGACAUGAUAUAUUGUAUCGUGGUGUUUGCACUACAAAAUGUAGUAAAUAUCCCAAUGGCCCCAGUAUAGAAAAACUAAAUAGAGAAAUUAUAGCGGAUUCUCAACCAGUUAGUGAAAAUAUAGUAAUGAUUGACAAGCUGCAUCAUCUAUCCCGAAGUCAAAAUUUAAUUUCUCUAUAUGAAGACCAACUGCACGAGUGUCUUAGCAAUGACUUUCUGGAGAAGUACCACCUUAAUGUAAAAACCUUCUUAACAUAUUGUGAAAGUUUUCAGGAGCCGCUGAGUAAAGGACUUUGGUACAACAUAUCGGUUUUCCUUUUGAUUGCAAUUGUCAUUGCAAACCUUCUAUCAACCUGGUAUGAUUUUCGCUUGAAAUUACAAAAAACUUCAAAGGAAUCUACCGGUUCAAAUUAUUACUCUAUACCUCAUAGUAAUCCAGUUCACAGAUAUAUGUGCGCCUUCUCUUUAUAUCGCAACUAUCGCCGCAUAAUGAUGCCCAAAAGCAAUGCCAUGGACAAAGAUCUUCGGUUUGUUGAUGGCAUUCGGACUUUAUUGUCAUGUGUGAUUGUUUUGGAACACAUUAAUGGUUUAGCAUGGCUUUAUCUCACCACAUAUCAAUUGAUAAUGCAACACAUUGUGGUCAUUAUUGAAAUAUUCUUUCUAUUGACAACUAUGCUCUUGUAUCUAACCUUCCAGAAAGAUCAGCACAUAACACCGACAACUUCCCUAAAGGAGUGUGCUACGACAUUCUUUCGAAUGAUUGUAUCGAGAUAUUUAAGAUAUAUCCCCUCGAUAUUAUUGCUGGUGGUAUUUACAUCCCAUAUUCUUUUACAAUUGAACAAUGGACCUCUUUGGAGGCAUGUGAUGGAGCCGCAGGUGAUCUUUUGUCGCAGUUUUUGGUGGUCGCACCUACUUAUGAAGGACACAUUUGCUGGGAACGACAAUUGUAUGGCUCAUACCUGGUAUAUUUCAGCCGAUUUUCAAAUAUAUGUCCUAUUUUCGGCUGUCUUAAUUGUGAUCACCAAAUAUCCAAAAUGGAAAAUACCGGUGUACUCUGUCAUAGGAAUGCUAGGAAUGACGCUGCCCAGUAUUGUCAGCUACUUCAAUAACUUGGAAUCCCAUAGUACGUCAAGUUUGGAAAGCUUUCGUCAUUGGUAUGCCAAGGAUAUGGAGACGGGCCUACACUUGUAUGGCAGUAUCUACGCCAAUUUGAAUGCAGCAUUCAUGGGUUUUGUAUGCGCUGAAUUAUUUACCAGAUGUCAAGCUAACGAUGAGUACAGGAAAAUGGUUGUUAGCUUUUUAAGGCCUAUCCGCUCCUACUGCUGUUUAGCCAUAUUGUGUAUUUGGUUAUUGGGAUCGAAAUUGUUUUUCAUGGAACACUCCAUUUGGACAGCUUUAUUCCCGAUACUUCACAAAAAUUUCUUCGUGAUAACUUUUUGUGCAAUUGUUAUGUUGUACAAUUUUUGCAACGGUGGUGGUUUUCUUACAUGGCCAAUUUUCCGCUUUCUAGCAAGGAUUUCGUUUCAAUUAUAUCUCUGGCUUAUUCCAUUCAUAUUUGCACUAUACGCCAGCAAUCAUCAUCUUUGGGAAGCUUCUUAUCCGUUAAUGUUGACACAUUAUAAUGUUAUAUAUGUUCUAAGCGUUGUUGUAGCAUUCCUAGUUACCGUAAUGUUCGAGUACCCCGUGGCCGAGCUUUUCAGUGCAUUCAAUUUGAAAAAUAGAAAAAGCCAUCUAAAGAGCUUCUAAAUCUGAAGAAUGCGGAAUAACUUAAAAUUCGAAUUACCUUGAAAACUGAAAUUAUGUUAGACGGUAGAAAUCCGUUUUAAAUGUUCGAAUUUCCAAAAUAGAAAAAUAAAAAUAUUCAUUCAGUAAUAACA